AUGACAAAAUUACUGGAGUGGCUAUCUUGUACAACAGUAAUCUUUGGCGUGUGGUAUGCUACAAUUACAAGCAACUCUACUCUUGCCAAGGAAUGGCGUGAAAUUAUACUUUUUCUUCCAAUUAUCUCCUUAUUUCUCUUUGGAUUAUAUGCAAUUACUGUCGUCUUGUUCAGGGUAUUCACUUUUAAUACCUGUGAAAGUGCAGCUAUCGAACUUCAGCAACAAAUAGAAGAAGCUAAAAGAGAUCUUCAGAGCAAAGGCGUAAUAUUACAAGGGACUGAUGUUUCAACUUCAUAAAACUUUUAUAAAUAGUAUAAUGUAAAAUAUAAAA